GUUAGGCUGUCCGGCAGCUUGACUGUGAGAGCUGUGGGAAAAAGAAGCAGGAUAUUCAUUGAGAUGUUUGUAAUUUGAGUAAUUUGACAGUCUUCGGAAUAAAUGUUUCACACCAGUGGAUACAAAGGAAGGAUGAAUACAUGUAAAGAGGAUGCAGAGUCACACACCUGAACCUGUGUUGUAAAGGCCUGAGGAGGACAUGAUACCAGAGCCCACAGCUACAGCUGCAUCCAGGCCCUCAGAGCAGAAUGAGAACUCUCAGGAUGAGGCAAACUCCUCGGGGGCUGUCAAUCAUUCAGAGGAUGAGUCAGGGAACGAGAACAGACAAAAGAGUGUGAGACGAAGAAAGAGGGCACACAAGGGCUCGGAGAAUGUCAAACAAAAACGUGCCAAAGCCGGCUGCAGCGGUGUCAGGAGAGCAGGAGGCAGCCCCCGUAAAAAGAGGCAUGUGGAGGCUGUCACCCUGUUCGAGGUGAUCACCAUGGGCCGGAGUGCUAUGCAGGUGGUGAUUGAUGAUUGGAUCGAAGCGUAUGUAAGGGACAGAGACUCUUCUCUCCUGGACCUCAUCAGCUUCUUCAUCCAGUGCUCUGGGUGUAAAGGUGUGGUCACGGCAGAGAUGUGCCAGAGCAAAGAGGACACUGACGUCAUGAGUAAGAUGGUGGAGGAGAUGGAUGAGGUCGCUGGUCUGCAGUAUAAGAAGUUUCUCGCCUUUCCAUGGAUCCUCACAGUCACAUGGCCCAUGGAUACAGAUAGUGUGGAGUAUCCUCUGAUACAAUCUGGACCAUAUGGCCGCUGGUUCCACUCCGAGUUCUGUGACUUUGUGUCAGUGCUGGUGGCCCAGUGUCAACACAGUGUCAUAUUUGACAGUUACCUGAUGAACACCCUCAUUUCACUGCUCACCGAGCUGUCCAACUCUUACAUACGGGCCUUCAGACACACCUGCACUCUCGCAGCGGUGAAGCUGCUGAGCUCGCUGGUUGGUGUGGCACUGAGCCUGAGUGUCAGUAUUGAAAACAGUCAAAAACUGUACGAGGUGCAGAAGUCAAAGACGAUGAGACAGAAGAGCACACUGCAACUGGAUAGAAUACAGAAGACGAUCACAGAGCUGCAGGAGAAGAGGGCGGAGAUAGAGAGCAUGAUGGACAUCGUCUUCAAAGGAGUGUUUCUGAAAAGAUAUCGCGAUGUGCUUCCUGAAAUCCGUUCCAUCUGCAUGGAGGAGUUGGGUUUGUGGAUGAAGCGCUACAGUUCUGCAUUCCUCAACGAUAGCUACCUCAAAUACAUGGGCUGGAUGAUGCACGACAAGAUACCAGAUGUGCGUCUGAAGUGUGUGUUAGGUCUGCAGGGUUUGUAUGGAGAUCCUCUGCUCCUCCCUAAAAUGGACCUGUUCACCAGUCGCUUUAAGGACAGGAUGAUCUCCAUGACCCUGGAUAAGGACAAUGAAGUGGCAGUACAGACCAUGAAGCUACUGGUUCUCAUCUCCAGAACAUCUGAUGAUGUGCUCAGUCCGGAGGACUACAAGCAGCUCCUCCAGUUUGUUUACUCCUCACAGCGCCCUCUAGCAGCCACAGCAGGGGAGCUGCUCUACUCAAGGCUUCUCAACACUGUAGCCCCUGCAUCUGAUACUCAGGAUGAAAUGAAUGAGGAGGAGACACAUAAACAACAAACAUUUAUCAAGUUGAAGGCUCUGCUGCAGUUCUACCAGGAGUCUGAGCUGCACAAGCAUGUAGUGUACCUUGUGGACAGUCUGUGGGACUGUGGUGGAGCCCUGCUGAAGGACUGGCCUACACUCACAUCUGUGCUGCUGCAGGACCCUUCCUCACAAAGUCCAGGUCUCACUCAGGCAGAGCAGGCUGUACUUGUGGAGGUCCUGGUCGCGUCCGUGCGACAGGCCUCAGAGGGGCCAGCCCUGGCAGGAAGGAGCGGAGCAAAGAAGGUGAUGAGUGCCAGGGAAAAGAAGAUUCUGGUUGAUGACAGUGCUAAGCUUACUGAACAUCUCCUCACGGUGCUUCCUAAGCUAUUGACCAAGUUCUCAAGCAGCUGUGACAUUGUUUCCUCCCUGAUGAAGAUUCCUCAGUACUUCCUCACCGAGUGUCCCGAGGCUGAAAACACACAGGCAGUGUCCAGCCUGAUGACAGAGAUUGGAGCUGUUUUGGAGCUCCACUCGGACCCUGCUGUCCUGGAGGCUGCCGCCCGCACCUACCUCAGUCUGUGUGGGGAGGAGACGGCUGGCUGCUCCACAGCUCGGGCUGCCAGAGACUCUCUGGUCCAGCGCUGGGUGGACCACCUGACAGCACUGCUGGGCGACUCACUCAAGGGUGACAGUUUGUCUUCCGACAAGGAGAAAACUGGAGAAAUUCUAGCCACACUGAAGAAACUCAGAGCUUUCCACAACUGUCAUGACCUCUCUCGCUGGAACCUGUUUACGCUGUUGUCUCCUCUCCUGUCAGUGGAAAGCAGCCAGGGAGGAGCACUACCUGAGGUGCUGUCUGAAGUGCUGCAGUGUCUGUGUUACUCCAUGCUCUGGUCCCUCAACACAAGUAGUGAAACUCUCACCUCCAGAGAGAAAGCUGCGUCUCAGAGGCUCCAGCUGCGUCUCUUCUGCGAGAGGGGUCAUUCUUGUCUCUCCCACUCUGACCAGGAGGUGCGACAGCAGGCCUUUCUGGGCAUCUGUGAUGUUCUGACGGCUCAUUCCUACCAGCUACACGUGUGGGAUCCCACCUCCUUUGGUCCAUUGCUCUACACUCCCAGUCCCAAACUGCAGAGGGCGCUGUUGAACUUUGUUUGCGUGCACGUCUUUGUUGGACCAGACUGUGACAGCCAGGGCAGUGUCAGUGAGAACUCUGAAGUGGAGAGGCUGGAGGACCUUCACAAACGGAGAAAUCUGCUCGCGGCCUACUGCAAACUGAUAGUUCAUGGAGUGCUGGAGAUGAGCAUGGCAGCUGAGGUCUUCAUGUACUACAGGAAGGUAAAGUACUAUAACGACUUUGGAGACAUCAUCAAGGAGACCAUGUACAGGACCAGACAGACAGAUAAGAUUGAGAGUGCUCGUACACUGGUGCUCUGCUUACAGCAGCUGUUUGUUCGUCUGAAGCGAGAGCAGGAGAGCGGCGGCAGGGCUCACCCCGGAGUCCAGACCUUCACCAGCAUCAAAGAGCUGGCCAGGAGGUUCGCCCUCACUUUCGGGGACCUCUUCAAGUUUCGUGAGUGCGUCGUCAUGAUCCACAGGAACAGCAUAGAGUUUGUGUUCCAAGAGUUUAGUCAGACCCCAGACACUCCUACGCCGCCCUACCUCUCCUACCUGACCAUCCUUAGUGAGUUCUCAAGCAAACUGCUCAAACCAGACAAGAAAACAGUGUUGUCCUACCUGCAGAAGCACACUGCAGAGCACAUAAUUAACCUCAGGGAAGAGUGCUGGCAGCCACUAAUCUACUAUCGCGCUUCCCUAUUGGCUGUAGCUGAAGGGGAGGACGCCGUGUCCUACGUUAGCUCCGACAGGAAGCCGCACAUGCCCAACCGCUCUCCCUUCUCUAAACAAAAACUGGAAGGAGGUAAAUCCCCCUGCCCAUCCAACCCUGCUGACUCCAAAGACAAUAAGGUUCACAGGUCCAGCUUCAGUCCAAGCCAUCAGGAAAAGACACCUGAUAUGGAUCCUUUCUCCGUCCCUGUGGAACCUCCUGUGAAAAGAUUGAACAUCGAGGCGUCUGUCCUCAGCACAGGCAGCGAGGCCGAUGAAGACACCGUGGAAAUCGAACUGUAGCAAUUAGGAGGUUGAGCAGAACUGGUGCUUCUGUCUGGACGAACAAAAACAAAAACCUCACUGGACAUCACAAACUUUCGGAGGCGUUCUUCUUUGUUGGGUCUUCUCUUUUCUGAUGUGCAGACAUCCCAGUGCUCUUUUAUUUUACAGACCUGUGUUAUGUUUCUUGUAUUAUGUUCUUAAAGGAAAAGUUCAUGUGAUUUUAUUUUUCUCACUGUCAACAAAUCCCAUGAAAAAUUUAAAACCAACAAAUAUUGAUCCCACUAAUGAGCCCUGUAUUACUGCAUCUGAAGCCUAAUGUAUUAUUCCUCUGUGCCACAAGAAAAGUAUAAAAAGAUUUGAAAUAAAUUCUUUGCCAUCCUAGGGAAAAAAAUAUUGAGUUUCAUAAACUCAAAUGGUUCUCCAGAAAGUAUUAGAAUACGGGUAUUGGUAAUGUGGGUAUUGUAGUUUACUUUGAAUUAAACUCACUGUCCUGCUGCUGUAAAUACUGACCAGAGCACUACAAAGGCAUUUAUUCGCAGCAGAAAACAGUCUGUUUCAGGGAAUUGCAGAGCAUGUUGAUUAAAAAGUGAGCUUUAUAUUUGUGAUUUUCAGUCAAAAACUAUAGUUGAUUGAGGCCGCAUGCAGGGGCUUUUCGUGGGAUUUGUUAACAGUGAGAGAAACAGACUAAAACUAGCGUUAUAUUUUGAAUAAUUGUCUUAUUCACAGACCACUUUCAUUUGAGGAACGUGUAUCAUUAUGUCUGAAGAUGUUUUCCCCACAUACAUGUCUACACUGUACAUGAAUGUUCCAAAUGACGCUACAUGAUUCAUCUUUGAAUAUUACUUAUGGAUCACACUUGGGUCCAAAUUGUAUAAUUAUCUCAGAGUACAUUAAGGAUUUUGCUUUACUGUCCUUUCUGCCACUUUAUUAUUGCUCCUUAUAGGAAAUAGUUUGGUUAGUUUGCCAAAAACUGCUUAUGUAUCGCUGUAAAUUAAUUUAAAUAAAAAUGUGUCCAAACAAGCAAAUGUUCCCAAGCUGUCACAUUUUUAUCAUGUUAAUUUCUAUAAAUACAUAUCACACCUUGUUUCAGUAACCCAUGAAGACAUUUUACAAGAGUGAUAACAUAUCAAAGCACAUCAUCGCCUUUCAACAUCUAUAUCUGUGUUUGCAAUCAGCAGCUGUAUGAGUAGAAGAAACUGACCAUAUCAAGACCAGUUUUUACUAGAUGGAUCAAAUUAAAUUUCAUAGUCGGUUUUCUUUACUCUUCCAUUGACCAAGGCUUUAUUAUUAAUUUACAGAAAAGCAAAACAUUUUUUAAAUUGGCUCCUUUUGUUCUGUCAAAGUACAUUCAAAUUAAGUACUUUAUAACAUAGAAAAAAGAAUUUGUCUAAAACACUUGCCCAAAUCAUUUACAACACAGCACGCACCAAAUUAAUAUUUACAGUUAUUUAUAAAUUCAUCUCUAAUAAUUUAUAACCCCAUCUCACAAAUACAUUUAAUCUAAGUCAUAAUGAAUACAACCUGUACAAUAUACGCAGUGUGUGCAAGUCCGAACUGUGUCCGUGUGUGUGUACAGCAGGCUCAAUGGUGGCUUGUUUGGCAUUUGCAGUAGCUUCUCA